AUGUCGUAUCCUCCCGUCUCAGAACCGCUGCAGCUGUACAUUUCCGGCCAGCAUGUCGCCUCCGAAAGCAGCACCACCUUCCCCGUCAUGAACCCCAUGACCGGCGAGGCCAUCUACCAGUGCGCCUCCGCGUCGCCGGCCGACUACGCCACCGCCAUCGACGCGGCCUACACGGCGUACCAGGCAUGGUCGCAUCUGGGGCCGUCGGCACGCCGCAGCGUGCUGCUCAAGGCCGCCGACAUUAUCGAGUCCUACCUCGACCAGGACGCCGUCGCCAUUUUGAGCGCCGAGGUCUCGGCCACGCGCAGCUGGGUCAAGGCCAACAUGCUGAGCGCGGCCGGCGUGUUCCGCGAGAACGCCGCGCUGGCCACGCACAUCAAGGGCGAGAUCGUGCCCGCCGACCGCCCCGGCACCACCAUCUUGGUCAACCGCGAGGCCGUCGGCGUCGUCCUGGCCAUCAGCCCCUGGAACAUGCCCGUCACCCUGACGGCGCGCGCCGUCUGCUGCCCGCUGAUCUGCGGCAACGCCGUCCUGCUCAAGCCGAGCGAGUACAGCCCCAAGGCGCAGUUCCUGGUCGUGCGCGCCCUCGUCGAGGCCGGCCUGCCCCCGGGCGUGCUGCAGUUCCUGCCCACCAGCGCCGCCGACGCGCCGCGCGCGACCGCGUUUGCCAUUGCGCACCCCAAGGUGAGCCGCACCAACUUCACGGGCGGCCACCGCGUCGGCGGCAUCAUCGCGUCGCUGUCGGCCAAGCACAUCAAGAAGUGCCUGCUGGAGCUCGGCGGCAAGGCGGCCGUGCUCGUCCUGCACGACGCCGACCUGGACGCGGCCGCCGACGCCGUCGCGUUUGGCGCCAUGAGCAACAGCGGCCAGAUCUGCAUGUCGACGGAGCGCGUCAUUGUGCAUGCGUCCGUCGCGGCCGCGUUCAAGCAGAAGCUCGUGCAGCGCGUCGAGGCCCUGCACGUCGGCAACCACCUGGACGACCCCACGGUGCAGCUGUCGGGCCUGUUCUGCGCGGCCUCGGCCAAGCGCAUUCUGGGCCUCUUGCAGGCGGCCGUCGAUGCCGGCGCCACGGCCCUGACGGGCGAUCUGCAGGUCCACGGCCCCAACGGCACCAUCCUCGCGCCGCACGUCAUGGAGGGCGUGUCCGCCGACAUGGAUCUGUACCGGCAGGAAACAUUCGGCCCCGUCGUCAUUGUCAACACGUUUGCGGACGAGGCCGAGGCCGUCGCGCACGCCAACCAGACAGACUUUACGCUCUGCGGGUCCAUCUUCUCGCGCGACGUGCUGCGGGCGGCCGACCUGGCCAAGCAGGUCCGUGUCGGCAGCUGCCACAUCAACGGCCCCACGGUCUACGUCGAGGCGCCGCUGCCCAACGGCGGCAUUGGCGGUGCAAGUGGCUAUGGCCGGUUUGGCGGCAUGGCUGGUGUUGAGGAGUUUACAGAGCGCCAGAUUGUGAGUCUGACGCGGCCGGGGCUGAAGUAUGCCUUUUAA